GCACUCGGGCCGCUGUUCUACGCGGCAGACAUGCCUAACGGAUUGGCGACAGGAACGCCGGUGGAGGUGGACGAGCACACUACCGACUUGUGGAGCGAGUUCGCAGACAGUGGUGUCGAGUGCGAGCUGUGCAACGAGCCAUACGACGACGACGAUAGCGACGAAGGCCACAUUCCGCGCCUCUUGACCUGCGGCCACACCUACUGCCAGAGCUGCUUGGACGGUUGGGCGACCCACACAGGCUCGCAGACGGGAGAAUUGGAGUGCCCAACCUGUCGUAGAGUGACGCGGCUCGAAGGGUCUGCGGGUGCACGCGCCCUACCCAAGAACUACGAGCUCGUGCGUGCCCGUCAGGAGAUGGAGGCGCAGACUCAGGUGCAGCUGCGCAAGCUCAAGGAGAUGUGGACGACCCAAGUGAAGGAGAAGGAGCAGCUCGCGAGAGAAGCCGAAGAGCACGCACGCACAGCGCAGAGGGAGAGUGUCCAGGCCUCACAGAAGGCCAUGUUCCUGGCCAAACAAGUGGAGAUCAAUGAGCAGGAGAAGAGACGCGCACAGGAACUGGCUGAGGAGGCCAGACACCGAGCGCUCGUGGCCUCUCAGCAGGCAGAAGUGCUCCAGGCAGAGACGGAGAAUCUCAAGCGACAACUGCAGAAUGACGCGGCGCAACUGGCGCGUGUUCAACUAGACGCGUCCAGUGCUGCAGCAGUGGCCAAGGAGCUUCACUCCAAGGCAGAGCAGCUACAGCAGCAGGUGGACUGUGUUCGUGCUCAGUUAUCGCUGCAUGCUGGACGGCACGAUCCUAGUAAACUGGUAGUGCUGGUGUGCGAACCUACGACGGUAGGCUCGUGGCUGCUGCCCUACACGAGGUACGCCGUGAUCAGCAUCGCCAGCGACACGUCGAAAGGCGCACAGGCGAUUGACCCGUACCAGGCAGCCAAGACGUGGACGCGCUUGCGUCAAGUGGAAGAACCUAGCUCCUCUGUGAAGGUUUACCGCCGCUACAGCGACUUUGUGUGGCUGCAGCGUGAACUGCAGCGUCAGUUCCCGUUCGAACUGGUGCCCUGUGUCCCUGGCAAGCAGCUCUUCUUUAACAAAGAGAAGGAGUUUGUGGGCGAACGGAUGCGUCUGUUGCAAGCGUUCUUGCGUGGGGUUCUACGACAGCCGCUGCUAGCAGUGACGGAAGAAGUGCGCGCGUUCUUGCUGUCUACUACGGAGGAGCUUGAGAGUCUUCGACGCGCCACUUACAGCUACUACAGCGGCGUGGAGGACGAUGAUCUGCAUUCAGUGGACGAAGAUUCCCCUAACGAUGAAGUGGACUCGCGUAGCUCGUCUCCUCCUGUUUCCACGUCAAAAGACUCGACAAUGAGCAAACGUAGCAGCAGUUGGAGUGCGUGGGGCGCCGUCUCGGCCAUUACAUCGAGUGCUGCCAAGCUGGUCACCACAACCGGCACCGCUCUGACUGGGAUUGGCUCGAAGACUGGCACUGCAGGCCUUCCGGAAGACCCGGAGGUGGAGCUGUCGAGAAGUUUCUUCGAAUCCGAGGGACAGGAUGCAGCGACGCGGGGGUGUAUCGAGCGUCGACGCAGAUACAUCGACGUGGCGAGAUCGUACCAGUCAACAGCACAGAAAGGAGGUCAGUUGUCUCGUGCUUCUCGUCUGCAGUCCCAUCAUCUCCAUCGCAUGUGUGAACUGCUUCACGAUAUGAACAAACUGGACCAAGACCACGCAAGGCGUCGGCGUCAGAGACUGGCGGCGUCCGAGGAUAUAAAAUCACGACAGGAUGACGAAGACGACGACAUGGAGACGCGCGCCUUUGACGAACGGGCGUCUGAUGUGUUUAGCGCUAUCUCCCUCAACACGAAGAACGAUGCAGACUGUAUGGAGUACGCGCUACUGGAGGUCGUACGGAUGCAGACGCUAGAGUUGGGCGGCAUCGAGGAUGCGUUUGCGCGCGUGCGUCGUCGCGAGGAGGCGCUUCAAGCGCAGCAGGAAUUAAACGCAUCUUCCAGCACUUCACUGACCGACGGGGCUUCACUAUCUGCGUUGUCUCUCAAGCGCGAAGAGCUGGUUGCGCACAGACGCGAAUUGAACGAUAAAGUGGCGGCGCUGGACCCAGGUCGCUCGCGGUUUGUACUGCAAGUUCUUUGCAAGAACACGAGCGAGAUGCACAAGCUGGCGAAGUCCAAACGGAAACUCUUCCAGGCCUCGCAGCAGCAACUUGUCGGCGUGCAGCGCUAG